AAGCUACAUACGUCCAGACAUAGCCUACAGCCCGCCGGCGUCUCCCCGGUCCCAUAAAACAACGUAGCUCGCGCCAUGCUAUAGCGAUUCCACCGCAAGGCCACGUCUUACACUCACGUCUUGCCUCACGAACAUACACCUGCCUGUGUGUGGUACGCAAACUAGAACUGCGACGAUGCAGGCUCCCCCGGAUCUCCCCGACGAGCUCCCCCAAGAGGCACUGUCCCAGUCUGGCGCCGCAAGGGCAUUGAGGGACAUAACAUACGGCAGCGUUGCUGGCAUGGUGUCAAAAGUCUUCGAACACCCGUUCGACCUGACCAAGGUCCGGUUGCAAGCCCAGGUACUCGACCCGACCGCGCGGUUCAAUGGUCCCAUCGACUGCCUAAGGCAAACGUGGAGAAAGGAAGGCAUCCGAGGGCUCUACAGGGGAUUACCAGCUCCUAUAGUUGGCGCCAUGGCCGAGAACGCCACGCUCUUCCUCUCCUAUAACGAAUUGCAGAGCUUGAUCCGCCGCAUCUCCGGUCAGACCACCGAUGCGCCCACGACCCUCCCGCAAAUAGCGCUCGCAGCCGCGGGCGCGGGCGGCAUAACCGCGACUGUGCUGACUCCGAUCGAGCUAGUAAAGUGUAAGAUGCAAGUUCAGAUGCUCGCCGCCUCGCCCCACGUCGCUCCCUCGGCAGUGGCGGCGGUGGCGGGCUUGCCAUUGUCCGCUUCCAUGCCCGUGAACAGUAGCACGAUUGCGAAAUUGCCCGGGCCCAUAUCCGUGCUCAUGAGUGUCAUACGCGAACACGGUGUGCGCGGCUUAUGGCUCGGGCAUACGGGCACGCUCUUGCGCGAGAUCGGCGGUGGCGCGGCAUGGUUCUGCACCAAGGAGUUCGUCGCCGGCAAACUGAUAUCCUACCGCCUAUCCAAAACUUCCCCUGGUACAUUAACAAAAGGCAAAGGACGUGAAGCGGAGCCGCUCGCGUACGAAAGUGCGAUCUCGGGAGCGUUCGCAGGCGCAGCAUACAACAUUGCGCUCUUCCCCGCCGACACCGUCAAGUCUGCGCUUCAGACCGCGCAAGAGCUGCACCCCAAUUCACAUCAAGCCAGGCUCGGUUACCUUGGCAUGGCAAAAGAAAUGUGGAGCAAGCAGGGGAUCCGCGGGAUGUACGCCGGAUGCGGGGUCACCAUCGCGCGAAGUAUACCCAGCAGCGCGAUCAUAUUCUUGAUAUACGACGGGUUGAAAGGACGGUUCGGGUAGUUAUCACGGGUGCCCACGAAAGGAUGGAAGAACACUUGACUCUAUAGACAUGUGCGGCAUGGACCCGCUGCGGCUCAGCAUAUCGUACGCAUAUAUGUAGCAUAUGAAGCACCUCUGGCCAG